GCAUUCAAUUCUGUUCAAACUCAAUCGCGAGGAGAAACCAGCCUCUGGACUCCACAGCAUCACACGGACACUAAAAUGUAUCGUCUGCCGUCUGUCAACAAAAACAGUUGCGGCUUCCAACGGGAUAUAAAUGGCUACAUGAUGUUUUUGGAUAACUUGACGUCCGAACACUAAAUAUUCUUAUUAAAAUUUCGUCAAGUGUCGUGUUGACUCAAAUCUGUGCGAGUGUUAGGAUUAUCACUUACAGGUGCUGAAAAUGGCAACCAAAUACCUGAUGCUUAUUGCCUUGGGGACCACAGUGUUCGUCAGCGUGCAUGGUUGCCCUGGGCAGUGUGUGUGCACUGAUAAAUAUAACCAUCAUUUCGCAGAAUGCGCCUACAAAGACCUUCUGGAAGUACCUGUGGGAUUGCCAUUCAACGUUAGCACCCUGAGCCUUUCGGCGAACAAGAUAAAAGUGCUGACACCAAAAACUUUCAUAAACUUGACCCAGGUGAACUCUCUUUGGCUGGCACACAAUGAAAUCGUCACCGUGGAGAGGGGCACCUUGGCACCCAUGAUUCAGCUGAAGAAUUUGGACAUAAGCCACAACAAAAUCGUCCAUUUUCCAUGGGAGGACUUGAGAAAUCUCACCACUCUCCAGCUGUUUAAGAUGAACAACAAUGAGAUGAUCAGUAUACCGAAGAACGCGUUCGCCAACCUGAAAGAGCUGCGCUCCAUCCGCAUUAACAACAACAAGUUUACCACCAUCGUGCCGGGAACGUUUAAUGCUCUGGCCUCCCUGUCUCACCUCCAAAUCAUGCACAACCCCUUCAUCUGCUCAUGCAACCUUGAAUGGCUGAGGGACUGGAUCAACAUAUCGUCAAUCUCCAUCCCUGAGCAUGAAAACAUUCUUUGUGAUUCUCCUGCCCACCUCAAAGGUACCCAGGUCACCAGCAUGCCCAAACUGGAUUGCAAAGCCCCAUCUGUGUCCAUCACGUAUCAGCCAAACAUCGAAAACACCGAAAUCUAUGAGGGAUAUAUGCUCGUCCUGAAUUGCGAAACAAAAGGAAGCCCCAAACCAGAUAUCACCUGGGAGAUAUAUUCAGGAAACCAACUCAUCACAUUCCCUCUGCCCCCCAUAGUUGAAAGAAGAGAGGUGCCUAUCAACGGGGCGCCCACAAACGCGAGGUUCCUCGUGUUUCAAAACGGCACCUUGAUCAUCCCCCGCAUGAGUAAGAAGGAAGAUGGAAAUUACACUUGCUCGGCCACCAACGAUGUGGGCAAAGACUCACGCUCGGUUCGGCUGGCCGUCACCGGCACGAAAAAGCACGCCACCAAUUCCAUUCUGGACACAAAAGCGCCCGGCAAUUUACCUGACAAGUUCGGUUCCAAGAGCUCCAAAAACAGCGUGAUCAGCAUGUGGCCCAAAUCCGAGGAGAAGACAAAGAGCAUUCCAACCGGGACGUCCCUCAUUACGGUGGAUAAGGAACAAGUGGACGAAGGGACGGGCACUCUAUCAUUCGAAGGCAAAUGUGGUAUAAACGAUGGCACACAGUACAUCUCCAACCACGCUUUUAACCUCAGCCUGGAUGAACUUAAACAAUACACUUUUGAUUUUGGGGUUAUUGCGCUUGAGGUUUCCGAAACGGAGGCCAAAGUUCAACUCAACCCUUUCCAGAUGGCCAACGCAAAAUCGGUUCACCUCAACCAACAACAAGACCUGCAAACUGUGAAUAAGGAGCCUUUCAGUCUCAUCCAAACCUCCCCCAAAAAAUCUCCUCUGGACAUGCUGUACCUUUGUGUCAGUACCGGGAACGGACAUUCAGUGGUGCAGUGGUCCAAGAUCGAGGAGGGCAUCAACGCCUAUCGCUUUCGGGGACUAAACCCAGGCACGAAUUACACCCUAUGCCUCACCUACGGAGGCCAGGACUGUCAGGUCCAAGUGGUGUUCACCACCCGAAAAAAAAUCCCGUCUCUGCUUAUCAUAGUGGUAGUUAGCAUUUUUUUGUUGGCGUUGGCAACCGUACCCCUGCUGGGUGCCACGUGCUGUCACCUGUUGUACAAAUAUCAAGGCAAAACCUACAAGCUGAUCAUGAAAACCCAGAACCCGGAUCAGAUGGAGAAGCAGAUAGCCACAGAUUUCGACCCUAGGGCUUCUUUUGUGGGCUCGGAGAAAAACUUUAACCCGAGUGAGCUGGGAGAAGGGGAAGGAGAUGUGGAGGAAGGAGACGGGGAAGGUGAGGAGGUCGAGGGCAGCGUGGUGACCGAGUCCAUUCCCGAGUCCCAGUCCAAAACACAGGAGGAAUUUGAGGUGGGAUCCGAAUACAGCGACAAGUUACCUCUCGGAGCCGAGGCUGUUAACAUAAGUGCAGAAAUUAACGGGAAUUACAAACAGCCCCGUUGAGUUUCAAACAUUUAUUCGGAAGCACAUUCUAAUACUGAUUAUCGUCUCACGUAAAAUACGCGCGCGCGCCCAAUAAAGGUGCGCGUGUUCUUGUUACCUCACUAAGUUAGCAGUGUAUACGAUGAGUGUUCGUGCUUACAAAUAAUAAUAGAGGGUUUGAGAUCGAUGGAAUAGACAUAAUGGACUCACAUGCUUCAAGAAAACCUCAUAAACCACUGUAAGUCUACUCAUAACUGCAUAAUCUUACAUAGUUUUCAAAGUAGCAGGCAUUUAAACGGUUGAGAAUGCGUCACGAGCAUUAAACUGUAUGAUACUGAGGGAAACACAACGCUUCUCACAGCAUGUCCGUGUCUGGAACAUAAUCCAGGUCACCUUCAUAAAUUUCUUGUAAUGUGGGAUCCCGAAAUGUGUGAUUUUAACUAUCUUUGCGAAGGGGUGCUUUUAAAAUCUAUAGCAUUUACCGAUUGACUGAACGUGUCCUUCCUUUGAGAUUGACUACUUGUUCGUGGCAUGUCACACAGAAGUAUUUGUGUUUUGUUAGGGUACUAUUAUAGACUGUAGAUAUUCAGUGUCGAUUUGUGAUGUAAGCCAAGUAAUCUGAAAAAGAUGUUCUCUCUUUUUUAUAAACAUAUGGUCCGUUUUUACCAUCGGUCAAUGCGACAUCGCGUGUCCAGAAAAUUGACGCAUAGUGACUUGUUUUGUGUCUGACUGUCCAAUGAUGUUGUAAAAAUACUUUAAACUUGAAAAAAUUUUGAUAUGAUUUUAUGUACGUGAUCUUAAUAAAAUAUUGAACA